CAAGAAAAAAGGGGAGAAAAUACGAAAAGAAAUAAGAUUGUUAAUCCCUAUAAAUAAGGUGUAAUCAAAUAGGAAGAACUUUCCGUGUUAAGAAGCAGAACAAUACUGCCUUUGCUAUAAAACCUUUUUCUAGUAUUCAACUAAACAACAAUACUACUCUUUAAUUUCAUUGCAAAAAACAAAAAAGAAAAAAAAAAUUGAAGCUUGGUGAUUCUCAGCUUUUCAACUAUGUCUCAGUCAUCGCAGACUAACUGGGAAGCCGAUAAAAUUUGCUUGGGUGACAGGUUGGAUGUAUAUAUACAUGAUUACUUUGUAAAGAGGAAGUUACAUGCUUCUGCUAAAGCUUUUCAGCAAGAGGGAAAAGUAUCUACAGACCCUGUUGCAAUUGAUGCUCCUGGCGGGUUUCUCUUCGAGUGGUGGUCGGUAUUUUGGGAUAUAUUCAUUGCAAGGACUAAUGAAAAACACUCAGAUGCUGCUGCUUCUUAUAUUGAGACUCAAAUGUCCAAAGCAAGGGAACAGCAACAACUGCAAAAAUCACAACAGCAGAUGCAUGUGCAGAUGAUGUUACAAAGGCAGGCACAACAACAGCAGCAGCAGCAACAACAACAACAACAGCAACAACAGCAUCAUCAACAGCAGCAGCAACAGCAUCAGCAGCAGCAACCGCGGAGAGAUGGAGGCCAACUUAUGAAUGGCAAUGCCAAUGGAAUUACAAAUUCUGAUCCUCAUAUGAGACAACCUGGAAGUGCUAGUGCUAUGGCUGCAAAGAUGUAUGAGGAUAAAUUAAAGCUGCCAAUUCAAAGAGAAGCAUCAGAUGACAUGAAGCAAAGGUUUGGGGAUAAUGUAGGCCAGCUCCUGGAUCCAAAUCAUGCGUCAAUGCUGAAAUCAGUUUCAAUUGGUGGCCAGCAUCAAGGGCAAAUGCAUGGGACUCCUGGAAGUAUGUCAGGGAAUCUUCCUCAGUAUCAUAGUCGGAGCCCACAACUUCCCCAUUCUAUACAAGACAUAAAACCUGAGAUGAAUCCCAUGAUUAGUGCUAGAGCGGGUGGUCCUCCUGGUCCAGAAGGGUCGUUGAUGGGUGUUCCUGGAUCAAAUCAAGGUGGUAACAAUUUGACAUUAAAAGGGUGGCCACUACCAAUGGGUAAUUUUGAUCCGCUGCGACCUGGGGUUCUUCCUCAGCAAAAAUCUGUGAAUCAGUCACCUCAGCCUAUGCAGCAUAUUCAGCUGCAGCAACACCUUCUCAUGCAAGCACAACAGAACCUGGCUUCCCCAUCAUCCAUGGAUCUCGAGACGAGAAGGAGAAUGAUUCUUAAUAACAACAGAAAUGUGAGUCUUGGGAAAGAUGGACAGCUAAAUAGCGUUGGCGAAGUUGUCCCAAACGUUGGUUCACCAGCACAAGCUGGUUGUCCAGUUUUGCCUCGAGGGGACUCUGAUAUGCUAAUGAAGCAACAGCAAUCAAACAACCAACCUAAACAACAAAAUCCUCAAAAUGCACUCUCUAGUCAGUCACCUCAGAUUUCUAACCAGCCUGAUAAAAUGGGCUCUGCCAGCAUGACAAUGGAUGCCAGUAUGCCUAAUUCAUUUCGGGGAAACGAUCAGCAGGCACCAAAAGGUCAAAUAGGGAGGAAGAGAAAGCAGCAGCCAAAUUCUUCAGGUCCUGCUAAUAGCUCAGGUACUGCAAAUACUGCAGGCCCUUCCCCCGGUUCAGCACCUUCUACACCAUCAGCGCACACACCAGGGGAUGUCAUGUCCAUGCCAAAUUUACCUCACAAUGGUUGUUCCUCGAAGCCCUCUCUUGUGUUUGGCUCUGAUAGUGUGGGUACACUCACAUCAGCCCCAAAUCAAAUGGCUGAAAUGAACCGCUUUGGUGAUGAAGCAACUUUGGAUGAUAAUGUCGAGUCAUUCUUGUCCCAUGAAGAGGUAGAUCCAAGGGAUAUGGGUCGUGGUAUGGAAGUCAGCAAAGGUUAUGUAUUCAAGGAACUGGCCCUUAUUCAAGCCAGUACGAGCAAAGUCAAUUGUUGUCACUUCUCCCCAGAUGGAAAGCUGCUUGCUACUGGUGGCCAUGAUAAAAAGGCUGUGUUGUGGUUUGCUGAUACUCAAAAACCAAAGUCCACUCUUGAGGAACAUACUCAUAUGAUAACAGAUGUUCGAUUUAGUCCAACAAAGUCACGGCUGGCAACAUCAUCUUUUGACAGAACUGUCAGGGUCUGGGAUAUUGAUAAUACUGGCUACUCGCUACGGAAUUUCACAGGUCACUCUACCUCUGUUAUGUCGUUAGACUUCCAUCCUACCAAAGAAGAUCUAAUGAUCUCUAAUGAUUCAAAUGGGGAGAUACGAGUUUGGAGUAUCAACAAUGGUAGUUGUCCUAAGGUUAUAGAGGGUGGAACAGUUCAGGUCAGAUAUCAGCCUCGUACUGGCAAGUUGCUUGCUGCUGUGUCAGAGCUGGUUGUCAACAUAAUUGAUAUGGACUCAUACAGAGUCGUAGAGCAACUACAGGGUCACUCUCAAAAAUUUCAUUCAGCCUGCUGGGAUCCUUCUGGUGAACUUCUUGCAUGUGUAAGUGAGGACAUGAUUAGAGUUUGGAGUGUUGGUUCUGGCAGCAGCAAAUGGCGAUGUGUGCACGAGCUUACCGGCACUGGCAACAAAUUCAACACUUGUGUUUUUCACCCUGUUUAUUCUUCUCUUUUGAUAAUAGGGUGUUACCAGAACUUGGAACUUUGGAAUAUGGCGGAGAACAAGACGAUGACAUUGGUAGCACACGAAGGACAGGUUACUUCAUUGGCUACAUCCGUCUCAGGGUUGGUUGCUUCUGCUAGUCAUGACAAGUGUGUAAAGCUCUGGAAGUGAUUGGGCUCACAUGUUUUUUUGGAAGACCCGAUAUUUUAUAGAGACUAGACCGACUUUGUUUCUAGAAACUUGUUCCUGGAACGUGUUUGAAAUUAACGAUAGAAAUCAUGUUUAUAUUCCUAUACUUAGAAUCGAAUUGUCUUUUGCUUAGUGAAUAGGAUUGGAUAGAACAUGCUUGUAUUUGUUUUUUCUUCUAGUGCUAACUCAGCAGUUGUAUGAUGAUACUAAACAAGCUGUCCCUUUUCAUUUCUAUAAAACGCAUAACUUGUUAUACUGAGUUGCA